UGUCCCUCAGCCCUUUGACGCCCAGUUGUAUUUGCCCAACAGUUGGACUUUGGCCCAGCAGCGCAAGUGACUGGGGUUGGGAAGGAGGUCGGCUGCGGGCCGGGGAGUCGCGGGCGUGCGCGUGCACAACGUUACCACGCGCCGGAAGUACUCUCCUGGACCAGCGGGAUGGAAGAGCUCCCCUGCCCCGAAGCCGGGCUGGUGGCGCCAGAGGUAGUCAUGUCUACCGAACCCCCAGCACCCUCCCUUGUAGAUCGAUACUUCACUCGCUGGUAUAAAGCGGAUGUUAAAGGAAAACCCUGUGAAGACCACUGUAUACUCCAGCACUCCAACCGAAUAUGCGUCAUCACACUGGCAGGAUCUCAUCCCGUUCUUCAAAGUGGCAAAACUAUUAAAAGUAUUUCCUAUCAGAUCAGUAACAAUUGUAGCAGACUUCAGAACAAAGUAUCUGGGAAAUUUAAACGGGGGGCACAGUUUCUAACAGAGCUUGCACCUCUGUGUAAGAUUUACUGCUCCGAUGGAGAAGAAUAUACCAUAUCUAGCUGUAUUAGAGGUCGAUUAAUGGAAGUGAAUGAAAACAUUCUUCAUCAGCCAUCUCUUCUUCAGGAAAAGCCGUCCACCGAAGGCUACAUUGCAGUUGUCUUACCCAAAUUUGAGGAAAGUAAAAGCAUAACAGAAGGGUUACUGACACAGCAGCAGUAUGAAGAGGUCCUGGUAAAACGCACUGAUGCCACCACAGUCACGUCCUGAGCCCUGCAAUGGGGGCAGCACAGGAUUGUCACCCUAUUGGUGCCCUGAAGACAGCCAGUAUGUAUGAAGCGCCCCUCACAGCUGCCAGCCGUGGAAGGAGCCUAAGCCUUCACCUAAUUUCCCUCAUUUGUCUCAACAUCACAAGCGUUGGUCCCAUUUGUAUUCAGGCUCUCAGAUCUGCUUUGUCCAGGUACUUGCUUUGUGUGCUGGGAAGUGCACUUGUGGGUAUUCACUUGCAUAUAUGUCAGAAAACAACUUCAAGGGCUCUUUUACCUUUGUUAAGGGCUUUGGAAGUUUGCCAGAUAGCUCGUGUCCUCUGCCUCCUCGUGUCCUCUGCCUCCCAUGUUACAGGGCUGGUAUUACAAGUACACACCACCAUACCAGCUUUAUAUGGGCCUGGAAACCCAAACUCUGGGCUUCGUGCUUUCAAGGUGUAUUAGUUACUGUUCAGUUGCUGUCAUAAAAUACCAAACUAAAAGCUUAUAGUCCAGAGGACUAGAUGACCACAGUAGUGGGAAGGCACAGUAGCCAGAGCAGGAAGCUAAGAGGUCACAUCUCUACCACACACCACGAGCAGAGUGAACUGGACGGAGAAUGUGGUUAUAAAAUGCCCCUGGUGCUACAAUCCCUCAGCAAGACUUUGCGUCCUAAAAGCUCCAUAAGCUCCCCAAACAGUACCACCAACUGGGGACCAAGUGCUCAAUGUCUAUGGGCAUCAUUUUUCAUUCAAUCUACAACAUUCUUCCCAUGAUGCCUGUAGGCCCAUAGUCAGCUCAUACAAAACGUAGUUAGUCCAAUAUCAAAAGUUCCCACAGUCGUUAACACUCUCAGUGCUGCCCCAGAUUCUCUUCUGAGACUCAAUGCAAGCCCUUGUCUCCCCUGUAAAUCAGAAAGCCAAUUACAUACUUCCAACAUACAAUGGCAUAGAACAUAGAUUCCCAUUCCAAAAGGAAGGGAUGAUGGCAUUGUAAGGAAAUAUUGGACCAAAGGCCAAAACCAGCAUGGUGAGCGCCAAACCCUCCUGCUCUGUACCCACUGUGUAAGGGUUUAGUUUCUGAGACGACUCUGACCCAGCAGCACCGCAGCCUGUAACAGAUCAUUCUCUGGAUGGCUCCACUCUGCAGCUCGUCCUGGGCAGACAUCUCAGCUUUGUAUCCCAGUGUCUUGGGGUUUGUGCCAUAACCCAAGCUGUACCUUCAUAGCUUCACAGUGGCUUCCCAUGGCCUUCUUGAAGAAACCCCAAAUCUGCCACAUGGUUCCCAACAUCAAUGACUUCCUGAAGCCAGGAAGAAUCCAGACUUUUCAUUCUUGCAUCUUUUAUGCCUACAAAGCUAGUACCAUGUGGAAAAUGUUUGAAAAUUAGACUGUCAGCUUUCAGUGCCUUUGAUCA